AUGAGUUAUAGAGAUGCGUUGAAGAUGCCAAAGACAUCAACUCAAGAGUUGUCAUGCUCAAGUCUGGUAUUCAAUGAUGAUACCGGCUACACAACCAUAUACAAAGAUUUCACAUUGUUCUGCCACAAGACCAUAAAAACCCUGAUCAUAUUGUCGAAUGUUAUUGGAAACAUGCUAGGAUACAUAUUCUUCGUGCCGAUGGCUGAUAUAUACAGCAGAAAGGCAAUGCUUUCGUUUUCUCUGAGAAUGUCUCAAGUGGCAGCUGUUGGGAUAAUCUUCUUCGAUAACAUGGAAUUGUUUAUGUUUGUUAGAGUACUGUAUGGUAUAGCUUACGCAAUUACGAAUGUUACGCUGCAUACGCUUGCUUUAGAAUUAUGCUCGCCACUUUUGAGACCCUGCAGGUUCUUCAUAUUGCAUGCACUAUCAGAUGGAAUCAGUUACGUUUUGAUUCCUUUAGUUGCGAGUUUCUGUGUCCAUUGGAGAUAUCUCCUUUGUUUUUACAGCAUUGGCAUUUUGUUCCUGCCGCUCGUCGAUUGGUUUGUGCCAGCCUCGCCUCUAUGGUUCUACACAAAAAGCAGGAAAGUUGCUUGGACUCUGUUGAAAUCAUCGAAAACGCCACAUGUGAAUAACGAGGUCCUCUCGUUUUAUCAAAACAAUAAAGUCAAUCUUAGCGGCGAAUUGUUUUGGCUUUUGAACGAUUUCAAACGAACAAAGCAGACGUUUUUAUGGUGCUAUGUAAUGCUUAUUGGUAUCAGCAGUUCGAUUUGCAGCACCAACUUCAUCGGUAAACGAAUACCAGUUUCUCAUUUUUGA